AUGGCGGCCUCCGAGGAUUUGAUCGAUUUCGAUAUCAUCGAGGCCCAGAAAGAAAAUGUUCAAUCACUUCCAGGCGGCAGAUCUGCCAGAGAACUAGCCCGUAUUUUCUCAGCUGGGAGCAACAGUUCAAAAAUUCCAACGCCAACACCAAAUGACACUCGAACGAUCAAUGACGCAGUUCGAGAAGAAUACGAGAGUGAAUUGCAAGCGAUUGGAGAAUCUGACGACCCUCUCGAUGUUUACGAUAGAUACGUGAAAUGGACCCUUAAUGCUUACCCCUCCGCCCAGGCGACCACCGAGUCGGGUCUCCUUCCCUUACUCGAGCGUGCAACGAAAUCCUUCUUGUCCUCUUCACACUACAGAAACGAUCCUCGCUAUCUGCGACUGUGGCUUCAUUACAUUAGACUUUUCUCCGAUUCACCCCGCGAGACCUUUGCAUUCAUCUCACGGCAUCACAUUGGCGAGGGGCUGGCCUUGUUUUACGAGGAGUUUGCCUCCUGGCUAGAGCAUUCGGGACGCUGGAAUCAGGCUGACGAAGUAUACAAACUUGGUAUCGAUCGCGAGGCCCGACCAGUAGAACGACUGCUGCGAAAAUAUAGUGAAUUCCAGCAGCGCUACGAGCAACACCCGCAAGACACUGGCCCCUCUUCGCCUGCUUUGCCUGCUGUUCGUCCUGCUCUGGCUGCUAAGAUCAACCCUUUUGCCGCCCCAGAUGACUCACAGCCCACGCCUCAAGCGAUGGCCGCGCCAAAAACAAAAUCCGGAAAGCCUAAGAUGGCUAUCUUCUCCGAUGCUGACGCAACAAGCCAGCCCGCUACUAGUGACACGCCAACUAAGGGUUGGGAUAACAUUGGAUCUAUGCAGGAUCGCAAAAAGGAAAACACAAUGGAGGCAAAGCCCUGGGCAGGGGAAACAUUGAAGGCUGGGAAGAAAACUAAGCCAAAAGAAAAAAUGGCUAUUUUCAGGGACAAGUCCAAUCCAAAUCUACCUUUUGAAGAGCCAAUUGCUCCUAGGCACGUUCCAGAACAUCACGUAAGGGAAGCGGUUAACCCACGAACAGGUCGGCGAGAGCGAGUUUUCGUCGACUUGGAAUCAGUAUACCCCGACCAUAAUGACCCGACACACGAAGUUAGCUUUGAGGAGCUAAGGGCUAUGAAGCGUGGGUGGAUGGGCAAGAGCUGGAAGGGCCAAAUGGAUCCUUUACAAGAAACCUCCGGAAAUUUUAGCGUUGAUGGUCGUCCUACUGUCUUCAGGGAUCCCAGUCCAGGGAAUGAUAUACAUGAACAAGUGGAGCAGAAGUUAACGAUCAGCGAUUCAUAUUCUCGGCAGGGCGGCGCCAUUGCAAGCAAAUCUGCAAAGCCAAGGAAAUCGAAAGCUCAUGGAGACUCACAGACACAAACGAUCAAAAUGAAGUUUAACUCGCCGACGGCUCACUCGAAGGUUCGACGGAAGAGUACCCGAGAACCGACGAUGACCAUGCAUACUCGCGCUGCCACGGAUGAAAUCUACGAUCUAUUCAACCAACCAUUGAAAGCUGAGACUGAGGAUACCGCUGAUAGCUUGUUUGGCAGCGACUUCGAGGACGACGACUGUGCUAGCACUGGAGAUAGCACGUGCACGGGCCACAUAUCUGCGGCAUCAAGCGACUUUGGCGACGAGGAUACAAAAGCAUUUGACAAAACCUUCGAUGAUACAGAAUAUGCCGACACUACCCGGGCAGAAAGCGUUGUAGGUGAUGAUUGGACAGAGUUCAGCGCCAGUAGAGAUAUUCCUGGUAUUGGUACGCCAACGAUACAUUCAAUCGGGAGUGAAAUAGAUGCGGAAGGAGAUUCUCGAAAUGGCACCCCAGAAAGAGAUCGUUUUGUACCUGAAAUGCCUGAAGACUACGCUGCACCUUACGGCACAUACAGAGAUCCCGCGGUCAUGGCUCAAAAUCGACUGCCUUUCAUGACGCCCAUCGUCGAGCGAACUGAAUCUUCCAUUUCACUUACCGCCGCUCGAAGUCUUUACAACGCAAAGACGCCAUCCAAGCCAAAGUCACCAUCUGACAUGCCUCAGAUGGGGGAUCUUCUAUGCAGUCCAUCAAAUAGUGCAACGCCAUACCAUGGGGACUACACUGCUGCAUCUGGAAUAGAUGUUCCUUUCAGCCCUACUGCUUUUAAGGCGCUGGCACCGAAGAUGCGACGACGAGAAGUGAUAAUUAAAGAUUCACAAUGCAACCCAACUGACAAAAUCAUUCGCAACACGAUUCUCAAUUCUUUAGAACCCCCACUUGCGGCGUAUUCUGGAUAUCAUGGCCACGUCAGGGAUAGCAAUUUCACAUCCAUGAUUCAAAAGUUUGUCAAGGCUCACAAACGGCGAUCUAAGUGUCCUGAUGACGAGGAUUACGACGCUCCAAUUCUUGAAUUCCCCGGGGCCGAACGAAGCUAUAUCAUCCGUCGCGAGCUUGGAGCAGGCGCAUAUGCUCCGGUCUAUCUAGCCGAAAGCGUCGACAGUCUCGAGUCCUUCGACUCUGAUUCCGACAAAGAAAACUCUUUCCCAAAUAAAUUCAGAAAUCCUAGCCCCUACGGCGAUUCCCGGCAUCCGCUUGAAGCUGUCAAGGUGGAGAAUGGACCUUCAAGCGCAUGGGAAUUCUACAUGAUCCGCACUGCGCAUGAACGUCUACAAAAUACGCCCGGAUACCCUCGUGCCGGCGAGAGUAUUGUUCGCGCACAUGAGCUGCACGUGCACCAACGAGAAAGUUUCCUGGUGGAAGACUAUCGUGGACAGGGCACUCUCCUCGAUCUCGUCAACCUUGUCCGCAAUGAGACCAACCAUAACGGCGAGGGCGGUCUUGAAGAAAGCUUAGCGAUGUUCUUCUCCAUCGAACUUCUCCGCACUAUUGAAGCCCUCCACGCCAAUGGCAUCCUUCACGGCGACAUCAAAGCUGACAACUGUCUUGUACGCCUCGAUGAGCCAAGCCCAUAUGCAUCCCCCGUGAUGGAUCUAGACCUGAACGAGCAGCCAGGCAUGCGUGACACCCCAUCCUAUUCACCAAACGGACACUACGACUGGUGCAGCAAGGGUAUAUCCCUAAUCGACUUUGGUCGCGGAAUAGACAUGCAAGCCUUCUCGCCUUCUGUGCAAUUCAUCGCAGAUUGGGAAGUAGGCACACACGAGUGCAACGAGAUCCGUGAGAUGCGCCCCUGGACCCACCAGAUCGACCUAUACGGUAUCGCCGGCACAAUCCACGUCCUCCUAUUCGGCAAAUACAUCGAGUCUACGCCCGUCCCCGGCGUCAAGCACACCUAUCGCAUUCGCGAAUCCCUGAAACGCUACUGGGACCGCGAGCUAUGGUCCGAGGUCUUCGAUCUACUUCUGAACCCUGGUGCAGAGCGCUGGGUGCAGAUGGAAUCUACAGAUCCAGACCAACCUUACACUGCAUCCCUUCCAGUUCUCCAGUCAAUGCGAUACAUCCGUCGCCAGAUGGAAGAUUGGCUCGUUGUCAAUGCCGAGAAGAAGGGUCUUGCUUUGCAGCUUCGCAAGAUUGAGGCACAUCUUGCUGAGCGGAGGAAGAAAUUAGAACGACAUUGA